AUGGUAUCAAGAUCUUCUAUCACACAAAACAAACCAAAUUCUGCAGUUGUAACAUACUCGACAUUAACUGUAGCAGCUGUUGGUUUUUUUGCCUAUUAUUUAUACCACAAAUUGCAAAACAGACGUAGGAGGAGAGAUGAUGACAAUAACGAAGAAAAUACUCAAAACAAUCGAAGACGCAACACUCAUCACCCACGUCAUACAGACUUUAACCAAGAAAGAGAUCAAAGGGGGCUUGCUGCCAGAUUAUUUGGAACAACUCCUAUCAGAAAACAUCGAUUAUCAAUCUCAAUGAAAAAUGUAUGUGAUGAUGAUGAUUAUAGAGGAGAAGGGGGGUUUUUUUAA